GUCCCCUACAAUGAUGUCGGACGUAGACACAAGACUAGCAACACCUUAGAUACAAGCGUCCUGCUUUCACAAUGGACAUAUUUAUAUAGCAACCUGCAAUAUCAAAUCAAAUUCUACUGGAAUGUACACAAUAACGUACUUUUAUUUAUCUGACGUGGCUGAUGAGUGAGAGGCUCAGCAGUUCGGACAAAGGCUUGUACAGAUGUGUAUCAUGACGUACAUGUUUGGUCACUUGUAAAAUGUCCUUGUCAUUCGCAAAAUAAGACUCUUUCCAUUCAGAGGCAGUCAGUUUAUGAUCCUAACAAAUAAAAAAUAAUAGAAGGAAUUUAUCGACCAAAAAUGAACAAAGAGGCUGUAGAAAUGAGGAGAUGGUAUGGCCUGGGCAUCGGGGUGAGGCUGGCCAUGGUGGUGUAUGGCUUGUGGCAAGAUGUAAUCAGCGUCGUCAAGUUCACCGACAUCGACUACAGUGUAUUUAGUGACGCAGCCACUUUCGUCACAGAGGGACAUUCUCCUUACAACCGAACAACUUUCCGAUAUACCCCUCUGCUGGCAUGGGCUCUCACACCAAACGUCUGGAUCUCAAGAGUCUGGGGCAAACUUCUGUUUAUUGCCUUUGAUGCUCUUAGUGGACAUCUGAUCUAUCUGAGCCUCAAGGAAGCGUGUCACACACACAGAACAGCUAAGCUAGCUGCACUUUCCUGGCUGUUGAAUCCUCUACCAGUUACAGUGUCUAGCAGAGGAAAUGCAGAAUCAAUCAUGGCUUAUUUAGUGCUUCUGUUGAUACUUUUCUUGCAAAGAGGUCAACUGAUUUUGGCAGGUCUAGUGUAUGCGUUUGCUAUUCAUAUAAAAAUAUAUCCUCUGACCUAUGCCCCAGCUCUGUACCUGUUUCUUGGAAAGUGCAGCAGAAUUGGAGAGCAGAAUGAAUUUGCCGACACAUGCAGUUUCCGUCGGGCUGUCACUUCCUCUUUGCAGUUCCUUCAACCAACAUGGAAUCAUCUGAAAUUCUGUGGGUCGGCAGCUUUAACUCUAACCAUCCUCACACUAGUAUUUUAUACAAUGUAUGGCUGGAUCUUCUUGUAUGAGACCUAUCUGUAUCACAUUGUGCGAAAAGAUAUCCGCCACAAUUUUUCUCCAUACUUUUAUCUGCUGUACUUGACCUCUGACCAUGAGGAGACAUCCUACUUUAUCAAGUUUCUGGUCUUCCUUCCCCAGCUGCUACUGCUACUUUUUAUAGCCUUUCGCUUCCAUGGUGACGUCCCUCUCUGCACCUUCCUCUGCACUUUCAGCUUCGUGAUGUUCAACAAAGUGUGUACUUCACAGUACUUUCUGUGGUACCUAAGCAUAUUGCCACUCUUGUUACCGCACCUACGAAUCUCAUGGGCUAAGGGCAUUUUUGCAACUUCACUCUGGUUUAUGGCUCAGGGGCUAUGGCUACUUCCAGCAUAUUUGCUGGAAUUUGAAGGACACAACACUUUCCUGUACAUAUGGAUUGCUGGCCUUUUCUUUUAUCUGGUCAAUAUCUACAUUAUGUUUCUGAUCAUCACCCAUUACAACUUGGUCAACCACAGAUUUCUUCCUAAAACUGAGUGACUUCAUUUAGGCAGAACUAGACACCUAGAUUGUCAACAUUUGUGUUGGUGUUUGUAUUAUUUUAACAAGAAAUACAGCACAGACCAUAAAAAGGCGUCUUUUACACCCUGAAAAUGAAGGGUGGCAUUGAAAAGAGGCGGCACUGGGUGUGUGGUGUGUGCAUACAGAUCCCAAAGACACAAAUACUCUUAGAUGUCGACGAAGGGAGACUAUUGCUUACAUUUUAAUGGAUUUCGCACUAUUCCAGUCUACUGGCAAGUAUUUUUCCUAUGUGACUGUCAAAUUCAAUACGAGGUUAAUGUUCAUGAACAUCUUAACGAAUUUUCUCUACCAUAUCUAAGCAACGACCUAUUCAGAAAAGCCAUCUAUGUUUAGACUAUAGAGUACAAUGCUGGCAGGAGAAAUCAGUCCACGUCAAAGCAUACAGCAGAAACAUGGGUCUCCUGGUGAUGUUCAUGGGGUGAAAAGAUUCUGAACUUUUAUUUUAUUUUCAUAGUAAAGUGGAAGUGUAGUAAUAAAAGACAGAGUACUCUUAACUGAUAAGGUAAUAUUUAGACUUGCUUUCAGAAUUAAAGUAAAACACUUGAAGCUGUAGGACAGUGCUUCAGAUGCUCUUGUCAUUAAUCACAAAUGGUAAAGAACCUUUAGAGGAGUUUGGAAAACCAAAUCUGCUCAUUUAACAAUAGAUAAGCCUUUCAAUUGUAAUGUCAGUGUUUCAGCUAUAAACUACUGCAUCUCAUACUAAGCCACCAUUAAACAUACAACAUGCAUCUGUUUCAGUGGUCUCCAUGGAAAUAUAUUUGGCUUUAAAGGGAUUGUUAAGGCAAAAUAAAACUGCUAAGAAUCUCA